AUGACCGGCUAUGUUAUACAGCUGGAUGGGCGACGAGGUGCUGAAGCACUCAGGGCCAGACGCAGGAGAAUUUUCCGCCACGGCAAGGCAUUAUGUCUUGCGGCGCUCGCAGUCGCUUCUGCGACGGCUUUUGUGCAUGGGAGCUCCAUGCCGAGAAGACUUGUGCAGGCACCCGAGCGACGACUUCUUGGGCAGCUCGCCUUGGAAGCUUAUAGCGACCUGAAGGUGAAAGAGCUGAAAGAGCUGCUCUCCGAACGUGGGCUGAAAGUCAGCGGCAAAAAGGCAGAGCUGGUCGCCCGACUCGAGGAGCACGAGGCGCAGGAGUCUCCGGACGAGGCGGAGAGUAGCGCACCUGCUGCAGAGGCGGAAGCAGAGAAGAAGGAGACGAGGAAGGAGAAGCCCCAAAGUGGAAGCUCGGAUCCUGAAGGCUACAAGGCUGGACAACUGGCUUUGGCUCUCUUCCACGACGAUGGAAAAUACUACACUGUUCGAAUUGUCAAAGACAAUGGCGAUGAAACCUUCGACAUCGAGUGGGUUGAGGAUGAUGCUGAAGACACUGUAGACUUGGCGAACCUCAGGCCAAAUCCCAAGAACUUCAAGAAGGGAGACCUCGUCGUUGCAAAAUGCAAUGAAGAUGGGAGGCGCUAUACUGCCAUCGUUCAAGAGAACAGCGGAAAGGGCAGUGUGACUGUGCAAUAUGUGGAAGACGAGACGGAGGAGGAUGUACUGCUGGACAACAUGUGGUCCCAGAAGAAGAAGUUCAAGAAGGGUCAGAAAGUUGAGGCAAAGUUCCCCGACGACGGCGAAUGGUAUGCCGCGACUGUCAAAGAAGCGGUGAGCAGCGGCAAGUACCUGGUGGAGUGGGAAGAUCCGGAUGGAGGGGAUCCAGAAAGCGAACUUGUGCUGGAUAGCAUCCAGAUACCUAGGGUUGGCAUUGACCAGCUGGAAGUGGGCCAGAAGCUGCAUGCAACCGUCAAACGAGUAUUGGAUUUCGGGGCCUUCGUUGAUGUUGGUUGCUACACCGACGGCCUUGUACACAUAAGCAAAAUGGCGCCAGGGCGCGUCGACAAUGCUCACGACUACGCGGAGGAAGAUCAAGAAAUGGAUGUUUGGGUGACGAACAUCGACCCAGAAGGAAACAAGCUCGGCCUUACGAUGGUCGAAGGCAAAACGGGAGGAGGAGGCCGUGCCCGGAAGGAGGUGAUCAAUCCCAUCGACAGCAUGAAUGUCGGUGAUGAGUUCGAGGGCACUGUGGAGAGCAUCAGGGAAUUUGGGGCCUUCGUGGACAUCGGGGCGGAGAGAUCCGGGCUUGUUCACAUCUCGCGCCUCGCUGAUGGUUUUGUUGAAAACCCGCAUGACCACGUGUCCGAAGGGCAGAAGGUCACGGUGUGGGUGUCGUCCAUUGAUGGCGACAGGAUUGGACUGUCCAUGAGAAGGACUGUCGAGAAGCUCCGGGCAGAUGGCAACAAGAGCGGCGAGGUUCUCAUGCUGCACAAGCUGGCUACCAUGUCCCCUUUCCCCGACUACGCGCUCAACACCGCGCAGGCUGCCCUGGAGCUAGCGCGCAAGGAGGGCCUUGCCUUGGAGGAGAAGGCUCUGAAGCGGACGCUGACGCAGCUUUAUGCGGCCAAGGGAAAGAUCGACAAGGCACCCAAUCGGCGAGAAGCAUUGCUUCUCCUGCAAGACCUUGCACGCGAGCUGGAGAGGAAGGAUGGUGAGAAGUUCGACGAUGCGAACAAGAAUCUGGAGGAUUUCUGGAUGGCACUGAAGCAGAGUGAUGUUGAUGCAGCUAUGCAGAAAGUGAUCUCUCGGGAUCCAGCCACCUACCUCCAGUUUCUCAAAGAGCACGGGGCCAAUGUGGCAGUUCCUGGUGAGAAAGCCAAGCCUCCUCCCGGCGCUGAUGUCCAGGGCUUGGGCUUGAAAAACAAGCUAUUGACCGGUCCAAAGCCUUACCUCUACCUCAGCUUCAGGGUGGGCGGCAUCAGCUACGGCCCACGGUACCGCUGCUGCGAUUUGCCCAUGGGCGUCGGAGGCGAGCCGGGCUCGGCCAUCGGCGUCCUGGAACUCCAGGACGUCUCCGACGACUGGGAGCGCGAGUUGCAGUACAAUCCCUCCAUCCUGGACUGUGCUCUUCAGAAUGGCGCCGCAGGAAUCUUCGUGGAAAACCGCCCUUGA